AUGGAAGGGGAAGAGGCAAGUGCAGCACCAGAUUCUGGUGGGCCUUCUGAGACAGACCUUCCAGGAUCACCGCAAGCUCCCUCCGAGAUUGCAAUGGUUGAUGCGAUUCCAUAUGUUGGGCAAUCUUUUCGCAGCGACGAUGAAGCUGAAGAAUUUUAUUGCAAUUUUGCCAGGAAAAAUGGCUUCUCAAUCAGACGGGAGCGCUCAAAGGGAAACCAGACACACCCUCUGGGUGUGUAUAAGAGGGAGCUAGUCUGUCAUCGUGCGGGCUUGAAUCUGCCCAGGAAAACAGCAGAUUUGAAACGCCAGAGAAAUAAGAAAUCCUCACGAUGCAACUGUGAGGCCCAAAUGGUUAUAAAGAAGGAUGUAAAGUCUGGACUCGCACAGUGGGUAGUUGUCCAGUUCAGCAAUGUCCAUAACCACGAGUUGUUGGAUAGCAAUGAAGUGAGAUACCUUCCUGCCUACCGUAACAUCUCAGCUGUUGACCGCGAACGCAUACUGGCUCUCUCAAAGGCAGGCUGCAAUGUCCAUCUUAUAAUGAGGGCGCUUGAAUUGGAAAAGGGAGUAAAGCCUGGUUCAUUGACAUUUACAGAGAGGGACCUUAGGAAUUUCCUUCAGUCGUCCAAGAACCUUAAUGAAGAGAAUGAAGGAGCAGAGCUUCUGAAGGUCUGCAAGUCCAUGAAAGAGAAGAACCCAGACUUCCGCUAUGAUUAUACACUGGAUGAGAGCAACAAGCUCGAGAACAUUGCUUGGUCUUAUGGGGAGUCCAUUAGUGCAUAUAAGGUAUUUGGAGAUGUUGUCGUCUUUGACACAUCAUAUCACCUGUAUGCAUACAAUAGACCCCUUGGUGUCUGGCUUGGUGUAGACAACCAUGGGAAUACGAUAUUUUUUGGCUGUGUUAUCUUGCGUGAUGAAACUUCACACUCAUAUACAUGGGCAUUGCAGGUCUCCAUUCCCCUUCAUCAUGCAAUUUUCGUUUAUAAUGUAAUGACAUUUUUUUUAAAAGUUAAGUGUCUUGAUUCUUGGUUUUGGUCAUAUUUGUAUGUAGUCUUUCAUGCACCUUAUGAAUGGAAGGCUGCCUCAGACAUUAUUCACCGAUCUGGACUUGGAACUCACAGAUGCUGUACUGCGCGAAUGGCCAUUCACGAAGCAUGUUUUCUCAAUAUGGCAUGUUCUGUCCAAGUUCCCCAGUUGGUUCUCAGCUCUUACUUACCGCUAUGAAAAGUUCAAGUCCGAGAUACAUAGAUUAUAUUACUUGGAUACAGUGGAAGAAUUUGAGCACAACUGGCAACAUAUGGUUAUGGAAUUUGGGCUUAUGACAGAUAGACACAUUAAUCUACUUUUCUCUCACAGGGCAUCCUGGGCUUUACCAUAUUUAAGAGGGUCUUUCUCUGCUGGAUUGAAUACAAUCGGGGUUUCAAUGUCAAUAACUUCUUUCUUCAAGGAAUUUUUGAACUCAAAAACACGUCUAAAGGACUUUGUUGAACAGGUACAUUCUUCAUAACUGUUACACUUUUUAUACCAUAGAAAUCAUGAAAAGGAAAAUAUUUUUGGACACUUGCAGGUGUGUCUGGCGGUUGAUUUCCAAAGUCAAGCAGCAGAAGAGGCAAUCAUCAGGCAGAAGUUUCAGACUGUAAAGAUGAAGACAUGCAUGCCAAUGGAGGAUAAUGCAUCAACCAUUCUUACUCCUUAUGCUUUUUAUGUUUUACAAAAUGAGAUUGUACUGUCUAUGCAGUAUGCCGUUUUUGAAACAGAGAAGGAUAACUACCUUGUUCGGCACCAUUUGAGAACGGAUGGAGGGCAAAUAGUGAGGUGGACGCCUCUUGAAGAAGAGGUCCAUUGCAGCUGUAAGCAGUUUGAGUGCUCUGGAGUAUUAUGUGGGCAUGCCAUUAGGGUUCUGUCGCUGAAGAACUACUUCUUCCUCCCAGAGAGGUACUUGCCCGUCCGCUGGCGGCUUGAGAGCUCACUCUUCCCCAAAAGCAAAGGGAACAAUUAUCGUUCUCAGUCACUCCGUACCCUCGCUACGAUGCUCAUCCAAGAAUCAACGAUGACAAAAGAGAGAUUCAGUUAUGCACAGGCGCAGAUGAACAAGCUUCUUAUGUAUGUAAAAUGCAUGCCAACCAUUGAUGGAAUCGCCUUCACCAUGCCCGUCGUUGAUUCAACAGCCAACUGUACUGCUGGAGUUGAUUGCAUUACAGCAGUGGACUCAGUGCUGAGUGAUUGUCAGCCCAACCCCAUUGUGAAUGCUUCCCAGGCCAAUAAGUGGCGAAAGAGACUAAAGAAGAGGGUUGUCACAAAGGAAGCUUCAGAGGUGGUUGAAACUGUAAAUGGAGCUUUGGCAGAGGUGGUUGAGACGGCAAGUGGGCCUUUGAGGCAAGUUGAUAAUGAAGGGGACUGA